GGCAGAUGAAAAUGUUCAUGAGCGUGGAGCGCACAUUAAUAACGACCUCCGCCUCGUACGUGACCGCAUCAUCGUCUCAUUCAAAAAACGAAUCCGCAAAGAAGAGCAUCAGAGUGUUGGAAACAUGAACAGUGGACUCUAAACAACAACAACAACAUCAACAGCAUCAUCUUGGACCAUCGGGAGACAUGCGGACACCACAGCAGCGCUCCUGAAUGAGAAGCCCUGCAGUGGGGACAACAACUAAUCCACUUCCACCGAAAGGUCGUAUUUUCUCCUGUGGUGUCUGUGUGGAGCGUGCCACACAUCCACUCCACAACAACGACGGCUUUUGCUUGCAUCUUCCAGUGUUUCUUCUGUCAGCAAGUUCAGCAGAGCUGCAACUCGUCCAGCGCCAGCCCGGAGGAACCCAGCGAGGAGCACCACAACUGUGAGAUGGUGAAAAUGACAAAGUCCAAGACCUUCCAGGCUUACUUGCCCAACUGUCACCGAACCUACAGCUGCAUCCACUGCCGGGCACAUCUCGCCAAUCACGAUGAGCUCAUCUCAAAGUCAUUCCAAGGCAGCCAGGGACGAGCCUACCUCUUUAAUUCAGUUGUGAAUGUCGGUUGUGGUCCAGCAGAGGAGAGAGUUCUCCUUACAGGUUUACACGCUGUGGCGGACAUCUACUGUGAAAACUGUAAAACCACUCUAGGCUGGAAAUACGAGCAUGCGUUUGAAAGCAGUCAGAAAUACAAAGAAGGCAAGUUCAUCAUCGAGCUGGCUCAUAUGAUCAAAGAUAACGGCUGGGAGUGACCUUCACCUUCUUCCUCUCCGCUCAGUGACCUUUGGCCUGCUCUGCCGUGGACUUUGUCGAGUGACACCACCACAAACAAACACGCACACACAUGCACACAAAGAAAAACCCACGCACACACGCCACCGUCGACACAUCCAGACAUGUCAACCGGGUCAUCACAAAACGCAAAGGCAGAGCGGCGGGAAGCCAAUCCGAGACAUUGACGGGUCACUGAAAGACUCUCUAGGAACUUCUCCGAGAUGUACAUGUCAACACUUUGGGAUCUGAACCUUCUUCCUGUUGGACUCAAGUUUCUGCCCCAUUAACUGGUUUGGGUGUGCUCGGCCCUCCUUGUGCUCCUCGUAAGCUGUUAACAGUAUCCAGAAGACACACUUCCUUUUAUUUUUUUUAUUUUCCACUUCACAUCCUACUCUUUUUGUGAUCGGGCAGGAGCUGUGCAGUUUUUAAGUGUGCGUUUUCUUUCUUUUUGGGAUGGGAAUCCUCCUUCCUGGUGGACUGAUGUUACUGGUUAGCAUUUGACGACGACUACGAAGUCAAGCCUGUUGGUCUUGCGCGAUUGACACCCGUUAGAUUGGGCUAGGCUAUGUAGCAGUAUAUUUGGGAUGGGGCGGGCGCUCAGCAUUGCAGUGGCAUGGCAUUUUUUUUGGUAUUUAUGAACUCCCUCCCGUUUUAACCAUGUUUCGGAUGACUUCACUGUGCAAUUCGUGGGACACUCUGGUACAGCAGUAGCGUCUGACCCCCCUGCAGGAGCUUUAGUUGUCUCUGGUGCUUUUUUUUUGGUGAGAUUACACAAACACACGUCUUUGAGUUGGCAUUUGUGGCAGGAUCCAUUUUUGCAACCAUAACCAUAGACGAGAGAAAGACAAACGCAAGGCAAGCGACAGCCGUUUGGAUGAGAAACUGAAACUAGUGUCCUCCUCAGAACAAUGUUGUGUUUUCAUCCCCCUUCACGCCAAAUGAUUUUACAAAACUGUUGUUGUUGAUAUUACAAUCAUGUGUUUGUUCAUUGCUAUGUGUGAUUUAUGUGUUAAGCACAUGUUUGACGCAUUAUGUUUAUGGCAUACUUGAAUGCAGUUACUUUGUUUGCACUUUGCAGAGGCCUUGUUCAUGGGUUUAGAGGCAAAAGUCUGUCCAUUUUAUGGCCUUUUUUCGUUCAUCGAUGAUAAUAAUGGAAUGAUUGUAUUGUAUUAGAUGCUUUGAAUGAUUCGCGGGGUCGGGUGGUUGCUGGCUUGAUCAUCUCCCUCUGGUUUCACAGAAAUCUGGCUUUCUUUUGCUACGUCAUGCAAUUUGGAUUCAACAGAAGCUGGUCUCAAUUUUUAUUUCCUUUUUACAAUCGGAUUCAAAGUGGCGCUAGGUGAUUCUUUUGCUGCUAAUAGAGAUACAUGCAAUCCAGAGCUUUCACUUUAAACCUUCUGCACUUUACCCGGGCUGUCUGAGAGCAUGCGAGCGGACGCGACUUCCUUUUGUAGCUUUUCUCCACAUCUUUGCCUCUAAGCAGCAUGAAUCUUGUGCCUCUUCAAAAGAUUUAUAUAUACAUAUAUAUAAAAAACGAAAUCUCCCUCUCCUGUGUUGUGCGGCGCAUGACUCCGAGAAUCCAGCACAUCUACUAGAAGCUCGAAAACGACAUGAACUUGGAAACAAACCUCACGGAAAAACCUCGAACGUCUAUAGCGAAGCGUAGUAAAAUCCAGUAUUUUUUUUUCAUAGUUCUGUCAAAGCGAGAGUUGUUCUGAAAUGGCAGUGGUUGUAUUCGGAUUUAAGAGAGGGCGGGGCUGUUGGAGUGGGAGGGGGCGGAGCUUCCUGUAGAGUAGAUUUUUAUUAAGUAUGAAUAUAUAUCUAUCAGAUAAUACCAAUAAAUAUCGAGGUUUUGGGUGGGUGGGAUUGCGGGCAAUAGUAGAAUGAAUGGCGAGCCCUCUGUUACAGCGGUUGCCGCCGAAAAAGGUCAGUCAGGUCACGUGACCUUUGAAUCAGUCAAUGCAAACAAAAUAGUUGUAGAAAUAUCUUACUUGAAAGAUGAUACAGAGUUACAGACAAUACAUUGUCCCUCUCUCACACAGUUUUGUACAUAACGUAACAUAUUUAAGGUUUUAUACAUAUUUCUACUGGGUUAGUUUCUCUACUUCCCCGACUUGAAGCACUUUUGUUCACUGUACCUCUGGCUUUAUAAAUAUAUAUAUAUAUAUGUGUGUGUGUGUGUGUGAAUGAUGAUAGUGUCUAUGUGAGGAUGCAGGAGUGUGUGUGUGUGUGUGUGUUCCCUUACUUCCCUCACUUUAUUUGUACUGUUGUUCACUAGUUCCUCUGUGCUGUUUCCUUUAGCACACUUCUUUUUGAGGUGUUUUGAUGUGUGCUUUUUAGCUUGAUGAUAAUGAGCUUUGUAUUUUUAGUUCUUUUUUUCCCUCCGUUCUUUAUUAUUAAAGUUGAUUUUCAUCCUUUGAUAGUUUCCUGUUGAGAGCCUAACGUCUGCCGGUUGUGUUUUAGCAUCGUGGUCAGCGGUGAGCUGGAUUCACCUGUCGAAAUUUCACAAUAGAAACAUCGACCCAGACUAUUUUACAGACAUUAAAAUGGAAUAAAAUGAUUUUUCAGAGCAGAACUAGAUGGAGGCCAGUGUCACACUGUCAGUGCGCACCAAAAAAUAAGACUUUGCUAAACCAAAACAAACUUUGAGUGUUCUUUUUGAAGGGAUAGUUCACUCAAACUUAAACUAACCUCAUCAUUUAUUCAUUUAUUCAUUUUUUUCUACAAAAGAAGAUAUUUUGAAUAAUGCUGGUUGCUUCCACCCAUCAAUUUCCAUAAUACACUCAAAAAGAGCUUUUUUUUUGGACAACUUAAUUGUAUUAUGUUCAAUCCACUUAAAUUAAGCGAUUUAAAUGUUAUUACUUGAUUGAAUGGGCAUUAUCAGUGGUUAUCAUAUAUGGGCCAGUAGGGGCCUUAUGCGCCUACUGAUAGGCUUACAAGAUUGUUAUCAUCCAUCCACAUGGUUAAUCAGCUAUAGAUCACAUAUAGCUGCAGCCGGAGGUUAACAAGAACUAUUUACAGUAUGUUGUUUAUUAAAUUUCCCAUUAUUUGUGUUUUAUUAACGUCUACCCCUACCCCAAUCCUAAACCCAACUAUCACAGUAAUGUACAAACAGAUAUGGAGUCUUCUCUAUUAGUAUAGAUGAUUAACCAUGAGAAUUAUUCAAAUUACUUAUUAAAUUUCCCAUUAUUUGUGUUUUAUUAACGUCUACUCCAACCCCAACCCUGAACCCAACCCUCACAGUAAUGUAAAAACAGAUCUGGAUCUGAAGUCUUCUCUAUUAGUAUAGCUGAUUAACCAUGUAGAUGGAUGAUAACAGGCUUCUGAGCCUACUAGUUGGCACAGAAGGCCCCUACUGGCCCAUAUAUACAGUAUGGGCUGAUAACGCCUAAUCGAGUGAUAACAUUUGAAGCAGGUGCUUAAAUUUCCAAAAAACAAUCAAGUUAGUUUAAUCGAUUUGAGACAACAUGAAGAAAAAGUGUGGAAUCCAGCAUUUUUGUACUGUAUCAGAAAAAAUUACUAUGGAAGUCAAUUGGUGGCAGCUGCAACAUUCUUCCAAAUAUCUUCUUUGUGUUCAACAAGUGAGUAAAUGAUGAUAAAAUGUUCAUUUUUAAGUGAACUAUCACUUUAUUAAUUACUGGGUCAAACCAAAAAAGCAAGUUUGCGGCCUCUCCAAAUACAAAGUGGGAAAUGAUUCAUAUUUGUCAUUGUUUUUGUUGAUUUCAGAAUUGUGAUUUGUCUUUUACUGCAACACAUUGAAGUGUUUCUGAUGUUUUGACGAUUAGAAAAGAUAGUUUACUUCCCAUUUUUCCUGUUUCUUUUAGUGACACUGGUUUCAGACCUUUCUAGAGCUGAGAUUCGUCAUUCUAGUUAAAGGCGACAGUGGUAUGCAAAGGAAACGAUUGUAUACGUUUGCUGAGUUAUUUUCUUAGGACUGUUAAAAUAUAAAGGUCUAAAGCAUGUUGUAUUUAUAAUGGCUAUAUUAAGUCGUGCCUGGUUUUCUUUCUUUUCUUUUAUUUCUUCAAUGCAAAAAAAAAAAAGCUUUUUCUUCUUUUUACUUGAUUACAUUGCUUUGCGUUCUGUCCUAGUAAAGAAGAGUCACAUUUGUCUGUUUUCACUGUAUUGUAAACUAUCAGAUAUCAUAAUAAAGCUUAAAUGGUA